UUUGAUCCCAAUCACAACAUCUUUGCUUAUUUGGUUUUGAAAACAGGCCUUUUCUCCUAUUUUCAAAAGUAGGAAAUUUCAUCAUCAAUCAUCCCACCUUAAAACAUUUCCACUUUUAUGCAAUAGUAGCAUAUUUUUCAGGUAAAUCAGAACAACAAAUCCAUAGCUAUAAUGGCUCUUAACGUGAAUCGGAACGUUGCGGAUGCGUUUUAUCGUUACAAAAUGCCUCGGCUCUUGGCUAAGGUAGAAGGUAAAGGAAAUGGCAUCAAAACAGUCAUUGUCAACAUGACCGAGGUCGCUAAAGCACUAGGACGUCCACCAACAUAUCCCACCAAGUUUUUCGGCUGUGAAUUAGGAGCGCAAACGCAGUUUGAUAUCAAGAAUGAUCGCUUUAUCGUCAACGGAGCGCAUGAAGCAGGAAAGUUGCAGCAAAUGCUUGACAUUUUUAUCAAGAAAUUUGUUCUCUGUCCUGGUUGUGACAAUCCAGAAACUGUUCUUACGGUCUAUGCGAAGAAACAAACCAUUUCGCAAUCUUGUAAAGCUUGUGGAUACAAUGGGCAAUUGGAUAUGCGCCAUAAAUUAACCACGUUCAUCUUGAAAAAUCCCCCUGAAUUAAGCCCUGCUGCCCAAGGAGCGUCUCUCACUGAAGGCAAGAAAGCCAAGCGAGGAAAGAAAUCAGACGGCCAAUCUGGAGAGAAGGGUUCAGAUGGAUCAGAAAACGAAUUGGACGCGACUAAAGACGUCGAUGAGGAUGACUGGGCCGUAGACGUUAGUGAGGCCGCAGUAAAAGCACGUAUGGAAGACCUGACUAAUGGCGCUAAAGGGCUUACCAUCUCUGAUGACAUGGAGAAAACACCGAAGGAACGCAUCGAUUUGUUCUAUUCAUUCGUCAAACAACGUCGUGAUCAGGGAAUGCUAACCAAACCAGGAAUCGACAAGGACAUCGUUUCUGAAGCUGAACGCUUAGAUGUUAAAGAUAAGGCACCGUUGAUUCUGUGCGAAUUAAUAUUUGAUAGCAACAUUCUUUCUCAGAUGAAAAGCUUCCGCACUUUGCUGUCUCGCUCCACUCAAGGAAACCCAAAAGCCCAAAAGGCCUUGCUUGGCGGUGUUGAGUGCAUCAUUCAUCUUAACCAGGCUACUCUGCUGCCGAAAGUUCCACACAUCCUCAAGGGACUUUACGAUCUAGAUUUGGUCGAUGAAGAUGUUAUGAUCGACUGGGGUUCAAAGCCAAGUCGCAAGUACGUCAGCAAGGAACUCAAUGCCGAUAUUUUGGCUAAGGCUCAGCCGUUCAUCACCUGGCUGAAAGAGGCGGAAGAGGAAUCAGAGGAAGAUUCUGAUGAUUCUGAUGUUGAGAUCGAAUACGAUGAUCGAGCAAGACCCGCCACCCUGAUCGAGCAGAGAAAUGCAGCCCCAUUAUCGACUAAAACGGCUGUAAAGGAAAACGUGUCGGUGAUGUCAUCGGUGCUACAAGCACAUCGUUUGCGCAAGUUGGAGAGCAUCAGCAAAGCAACAACCAUGACUCAGGAGGAGAUCGUCAGCAGCACCAAGACGGUGUCACAGGGCUUGGAGGCCCUGCGAGCUGAGCACCAAUCCAUCCUGCAAGGGCUCAACGGAUCUCUAAAAGCCGCCACUCAGGAAAAGCUUGAUGCUAAUGUCAUCGAAGAGAAAGCCAAUCUGAUACAGAAAUCACUCGACAUGAUUGAUCUGGGACUCGGGGAAGCACAGGUUAUGGUGGCAUUGGCGACUCACUUGCAAGCGCUGGAAGCGGAAAAACAAAAAUUACGUGCACAAGUGCGUCGGUUGUGUCAAGAAAACGCCUGGCUUCGCGACGAGUUGGCCAAUACACAGCAACGCCUUCAGGCUUCAGAACAAGCCGUUGCUCAAUUAGAAGAGGACAAAAAACAUCUCGAGUUUGUCAAUACCAUCAAGAAAUAUGAUGCCGAUCAGGAAGAGUCCACAUCGGACGUAUCACAAAAAGAAAAAAGCGACGAUCCAACUAUUGAUCUCUUUCCGGAUGAUGAUGCUGAUGAACGUGGUCCAAUGUCACCUACUCCACCGUCGCAAUUAGCACAGCAAGCGAAUGCAGGGUAUGAAAUUCCCGCUCGACUUAGGACACUGCACAAUUUAGUUAUCCAGUAUGCUUCACAAGGACGCUACGAAGUAGCUGUCCCGCUGUGUAAACAGGCGCUAGAAGAUCUGGAGAAAACGAGUGGUCACGACCACCCCGAUGUUGCCACGAUGCUAAACAUUCUAGCCUUAGUCUAUCGAGACCAAAAUAAAUAUAAAGAGGCGGCCAACUUAUUGAACGAUGCAUUGAGCAUUCGAGAGAAGACGCUGGGAGAAAACCAUCCUGCCGUUGCUGCAACGCUGAACAAUCUUGCAGUCCUCUAUGGUAAGCGUGGCAAGUACAAGGAUGCCGAGCCUUUGUGCAAACGUGCUCUCGAGAUUCGCGAGAAGGUUCUUGGAAAGGAUCAUCCUGAUGUUGCCAAGCAGCUCAACAACUUGGCCUUACUCUGCCAGAAUCAGGGCAAAUACGAAGAAGUUGAGAGGUAUUAUCAGCGAGCACUGGAAAUAUACGAAAGCAAACUGGGUCCCGACGAUCCGAACGUGGCAAAGACCAAGAAUAAUUUGGCCUCGGCUUAUUUGAAACAAGGCAAAUACAAAGAAGCCGAAGUUCUCUACAAACAAGUGUUAACACGGGCUCAUGAACGUGAAUUUGGCGCUAUCGAUGGCGAUAACAAAACCAUUUGGCAAGUGGCCGAGGAACGUGAGGAGAACAAGGGACAGAACAAAAGCAACACACCUUACGGUGAUUAUGGCGGGUGGCACAAGGCUGCCAAAGUUGAUUCUCCUACAGUUACAACCACUCUAAAAAAUCUUGGUGCUCUCUACCGACGCCAAGGCAAAUAUGAAGCUGCCGAAACGCUCGAAGAUUGUGCUAUGCGCAGCAGCAGCAGCAAGCAUCCGCUUGAUAUGAAUCGACUGAGGAGCUCAAGACGCUCCAAUGAACCCAACGUUGAUCCAAAAGCGCGGAGUGCCAGAGAGAACGCAGCCAGACGUGGAUCCCACGAGUCCCUGGACUCUGUUCACACGGAAGUCUCCGACGAGUGGGUGGGCCGAACACGUCGCAGCGGUUCCUUUUCAAAGCUGCGUGCAUCCAUCCGGAAAAGCAGUGCAAAACUAAUGCAGAAAUUGGUUACGAGAGAUGACCCGUCUCCUUCCCUGGCCAUCGACUUCCCUUCCGGUUUGGCUUCCAGCAUGAAACGGUCAAACUCCCUGUCCGUCCUUAAUGCCCAGUUUCAACGGGAACAGAGCCUUAUAAGCAACUUGAUGGGACUCCGUGGUCGGACAACGAGCAUUGAAUUUAUUCGCCCGUCUCCUGCUGCAGCCGCUGCUAACGUUACGUAGCGUUAGAGACUAUAGUAUUAGACAACGUCAAAUGAUAUUUCUUUGGCAAUUUUCAGUACUGUUUGCACUUCUGUUUAUUAUUUCAUCACGCUGUGAUCGGGCAGUCCUAAAUCGUUAGUUAUUAAGUGGCAGCCUAACGCGACUUUCAUUGUCUACUCUCAAUCGGAAUUUAAUAUUCCUGCUUGAUUGAAGCUGCGUAUUAUACUUUCUCUUUUGCAUAUGAUUUGACUUGACAUGCGUAAUCAUCGUCACAAGGCAUUUUGUGUUGCUCUUCUUACAUCACGUAUGGGAAACUGUAAACUUUUUGCCUUUUUUAAUUUGUGUUUGAACAAGACGCGCGCGAACUAUUGUAUUUGAGCAUAACUUAAAUAAUUAAAUCCUAUUGCUUUGA